CCACAACGCUGCAGACCACAGUCGAAGAUCGCCCUUCCAGUCGGACACAGUCGCAGUUCCUUCAAUCUUUCCAUCUUUCAAUCAAUCGUUCAAGCACGCCAACAUGAAGGUUUUCGUCUGCUUGCUGGCGGUGUGCAGUAUGGCCCAUGCGGGAUUCCUGGGCGGCGGCGGCGGAGGCAGUGCCCUCAGCUCCGGCUGGUCCUCCGGCGGCGGUGGAGGCGGAUAUAGCGGCGGCUACAGCGGUGGCCAUGGAGGAGGUGGCUACAGCGGCGGCGGUGGCUAUGGCGGCGGUGGUCACGGAGGCGGCGGCACGGUUAAGAUCAUCAAGGUGAUCACCGAUUCCGGAGCUGGCGGUGGCUAUGGAGGAGGCCAUGGCGGAGGCUACGGUGGUGGCUAUGGAGGUGGCUACGGAGGCGGCUCCUCCGGCGGUUACAGUGGCGGCCACGGCGGCGGCUGGUCGUCGGGUGGUGGAUACAGCGGCGGCGGUGGAUAUGGCGGUGGUGGCUACGGAAGCGGUGGCACCGUCAAGAUCAUCAAGGUCAUCUCCGACUCCGGAUCGAGCGGCGGCUAUGGCGGCGGAUACGGCGGUGGCCAUGGCGGCGGUUACUCCGGCGGCGGUGCCUCCAGCUACUCCUCCGGCGGCUGGGCUCCGCAGGGCGGUUGGGCACAGAGCAGCUGGUAAAUGCUCGCCGCUGGUCACUAACUUGUUACGGAUACCAACUUGUUACUGUUUGUCACUGACCCUGCAUGUAAAUACUUCCCAACAUUAACCAAUAAAACAGUGCGGUGUAGCAGAGCCAUUCCACUAGCGAAACAGAAA